CAUUCCAAACGGGCGACGUGAAUCAUCCUUCUAGAACCAUCUCUUUCUCUCUCUACAAUUCAAUUGUAUGGCACGUAAAUUCCUUGCGACAGAAGUCUCCGAUCUGUGCGUCGGAAAACCUCCACUGCGGUGGUUGCCGGCCACCGCAACCGUGGCGGACGCCGUGGCAGCACUGAAGAGGUCCGGCGAUAUCAAUGUAAGUGUCUGGAACUGCAAUAAUCAUGACGUCGUUUUGUGCCGGUGUAUUGGAAAGAUCUGUAUGGUUGAUGUGAUUGAUUAUGUUUGUAAAGAGGACAAUCCUUUUGAAUCAAGUCUUUUGGAUCUGCUUCCUAAAGUUGAUGAUGGGAGAAUUAAACAUCUCGAAGCUAAUUCCAGUUUGUUAGAGGCGAUAGAUAGCAUACUUGAAGGGGCUCAGAACUUGGUCAUACCGAUCAAAACAUAUAAUCAAAGGCAACAACACCUAAUCACUAAUCCUUCUUUGGGUACUACUACCAGUACCACACUUCACAAUGGCAAAGAGUAUUGUUGGUUGAACCGAGAAGACAUUAUCCGUUUCAUCCUAAACUCAAUCAACGUCUUCUCCCCAAUACCCACUUUCACAAUCGAAUCACUCAACAUUAUCAGCAACGAGACCCUAACCGUCCACUACGACGACCCUGCAUCCUCUGCAUUACCCUUGAUCACUCGCUCACAUUUAAACCAAACUUCUGUAGCAGUUGUUAACCAAGACAACACUUUAAUAGGCGAAAUCUCCCCCUUUGCCCUCUCGUGCUGCGAUGAAACCAUCAUCGCCGCUAUUACAACCCUAUCCGCAGGAGAUCUCAUGGCAUACCUUGACUACAGUGGGCCACCUGAGGAUCUAGUCCACUUGGUUAAAAUGAGGCUGCAAGAGAGAAACUUGACCGGCAUGAUGGAUAUGAUGGAUGAUUAUUACAACCCCUUGUCUUCUUCCUCGUCUUCAAGUUCAGACGAGGAGUUUGGCGCGUGGAAGAAUGGUGGCAUGGGGCGGAGUUACCCAGGGAGGCGGUCAGAGGCCAUAGUUUGCAACCCGUGGAACACGUUGAUGGCGGUUAUGGUUCAGAUGAUUGCUCAUCGUGUUAGUUACGCUUGGGUUGUUAAGGAGGAUUAUGGUUUGGUGGGAAUUGUGACGUUUACCGAGAUUUUGAGGCAGUUUAGGAGUACUGUUGGUUCAUCGAAUACCAAGGUACGAUAACAGUUCGUGUUAUAGUGUUAUCGCGGAGGUCGUAAAAAGAGUUUUUAUAGUUUAGCUUGUUAAUGUACUUUCAAAUGAUCAACACACAUUGUGUAGAUAGAAGUGAGUUGUAUGAAUGGAUCCUAAUUUGAGUCCAAUACGUAUUUUUUUCCCCAAAAAUAAUGCAACUGUGAGCACAACUUUGUUUGGAUUGAUUCAGACGUUUGCCGUUCUUCGUGGUCCCGAGUUUGGAGUUAAGCUACAAAUAUAGAAUUCAUUGUUGUAGAGUUGUAAAUGAGUCAAGUUGCUUGCGACUUGCGAGUUUUCAGAUUGGCUCGCUA